GUCUAGAGGUGGUGUUCGUGAUGCGCAGAGGUGGAGGAAUUUGGGAUUCAUUGCGCACCCGUUUCAAUAUGGAUUACUUUCGUUCAGCAAACAUCAGCAACAUGGCAGACUCAAUGAAAAAAUUUGGUGCCCAAACGGCAACUUUCUUCUCAAGGGCAAAGCAGUACACAGAGGAGCAACUUGGUACAUCCGAGAAGACAGUUUUCGACGCACGAUUUGAAUCUCUGGUUGAGAAGGCAGAUCGCACGAAAUACUGGACAGAACGUUUGCUAAGGCAAACUGAAGCACUGCUUCAGCCUAAUCCAGGAAUGAGAGCUGAAGAAUUUGUUUAUCAAAAAUUAGACAAACCGAAACCUCCCCGUCUGACCGAGAGUGAAUCACUGGGCCAGUCUAUGAUUGAAGCUGGAAAUGAUUUUGGCCCAGGAACAAAUUAUGGUAGUGCACUGGUCAAAGUUGGAACAACAGAAAAAAAGCUUGGCCAGGCAGAGAGAGAUUUAAAGGCCAAGUCUAUGACGCACUUUCUCCAUCAGCUUAAGACCUUUUUGGAAGGGGAUAUGAAAACAAUAUCAAAAGAACGCAGAACUCUCUUGGCUAAAAGAUUAGACCUGGAUGCAUGUAAAACUAAAGUAAGAAAGGCUCAAAGUCCGGAGAAGAUCCAACAGGCUGAGGCAGAUUUGCGUGUGAGUCAAGGAGAGUUUGACAGACAGUAUGAAGUGACCAAACUUCUUUUGGAUGGAAUAAGUACUGCUCAUGCCAAUCACCACAGAGCACUUAUGAAUUUUGUCGAAGCUCAGGCUCAGUAUUAUGCACAGUGCCAUGCAUACAUGGCAGACCUACAAAAGCAACUGGCCAGUCCCCCAGGUGAAGCCGCCUUGUCCCUUGUACCUCCCUCUGCACCACCUCCUGCUGACACCUCCAUUGGGUUGGACCCUAACACUAUCCCUCGGCCAUCACUGACCAGGAAGGCUAAAGUUUUGUAUGAUUACGAUGCUGCAGACAAGAAUGAACUCUCGUUGCUUGCUGACGAGGUAAUCACGGUCUACAGCGCACCCGGCCUGGAUUCUGAUUGGAUGAUUGGCGAGAGGGGAAGCCAGCGCGGGAAAGUACCUCUUACGUACCUGGAGCUACUGAACUGAGUCUAAUAAUAUUUACAACAUGAUUAAAUGCUUUUCACUAGUAUUAGUAACAAAUUUAUGGAGGCGGGUAAGGAAGCUUAAGGAGAAUUUACGUGUGGACAUUGGGGACGAUAAUCUAACGUGUACCCAGAGUGAGAUAUUUUUUAGCGCAAGUAGUUAGGCCGAUCAGAAUCUCUUUAAGGUUUAUUUCGAUCUGGCGGCCUUUGCGGAAUAAUGUAAAACGUUACUUCACAAUAGCAGAUUUGCACGUUGUCAUCAUCUGACUUCAACUACCAGAAUUCCUUUCGUUUUUUCUUUGUUAUUUAAAUUGUGAAUUCCCAGUGGGGUUUAAGUAACAACUGCCCUGAUUAGAAUAAGAAACAGAAAAAGUGAAGGAUUCUGGUAGUCAAAUGACGCCAUCAUGCAAAUCGCCUCUUACAAGGCGCUGUUGUCCGUUAUAUAGUGUUAACUCAAGGUUUUUCACGCGAGAUCACGCGGUUGCCGAAUAUUAAGUUGAUUUUCUCCUUUUUGUAACUAAAAUUGUGCUUAUUUUGUAGUGUUAAUUGGAAAAGGGAAUUUUGAGUCAGAAGGUCAAAAUUUAAAAUGCUGCAGUAAGAGGGGUUUAUUGGUGAAGUGGAAACGAACUGUGAUACAUAAACAACAAAUAUUCUGAAUGCCAUGUAAAUUGUGUUCCUUUAUAAAUAACGCAUUGAUAGACAUAAGUCUAAUACAGGAACAAAGUUGUUGUGUUGGAUCUGUAGAGUAAGUCUGUACAUUCCUUUGGUUAUGGUUUUCAAAGUUUUCAUAAGUGAUAUACAGCGUUGUAUUUUAGUACAAAAUGACUAGUACUGCAAUGAGGGUGGGAGGGGGGUCGUUAUAUCGAGAAUUUCGUCACGUUGGGGUGGUUCAAGGUCAUUCUGGCGUAUUCUGGCGCAUUCUGCAGGAACAUUUGAAGACUAACACAGGGCUGGCUUCUCGUAUUUUACUCUCUUUGGCACGAGGCUGAGUGCACUUCUUGUGUAUCGACAAUUUCAAAGUUAGUGAUUUAAAUAGAUUACGAGCAGUCGGUGUUCGUUCCUGAAUUUCUGCGCGCGAUUGGAAAGUUAAAAUUAUGCAAAUUAGGGAAACAACGAGAAGGGAAUGAGGCGAGACAGGAAAAAACCCCUUGUUUCCACGCCCUCGCUUCUCCCCGCCCGAUCAAUCUUCUUUUGCGUUGCAUUCGUGUGGUCGCCUCGCACGCUAGGAAAAGAAAGAGACUGCUCGCAGUCGAUUAUUUAAACUGGAGAGGUAAUUCUAAGCAUUUUCUAAUUUGAAUGUCUCUGCACUUACUUACGACUUAAAAGAUAGUUUGGAGAAUGAGUGAUUAAUGAGACAGACGUUUCUUAGUACUUUCCGGAAUCUUUUUCCGAGUUUUUGUUAACGAUUGAUUAAUAUUUUCGUCGCAUUUCUACAAAGCCUAAAAAUUUAUCAUUAUUUCUCUCCUAACAGAAGAUUAAAUAAGGAAUUUGAGGUGUUGGUAUAUUUAUUUUUAAUUAUUGAUUCAGUCAGUGGAGCAAAAUAAGGUAUUAGUAUGAUUAUUAAAGAGUUCUGAAGCUAAACAAGUUGAUGAGAGGGCAGACCUCAACGCCCCUCAUCGUUCUUUGUUUAUCUGUCGGCCGUGUGUACAGCGCAGGAAGAACGCAAAGCGCGUCUCGGUCGCGGCGUUUUCUCGUGCAUGCGCACGCUACGCGCUCGGCCGUACGUUCUACCGAGAACUUGUAGCAAGCUAUUUCUUCCACCUCGUGGGGGCGAGGGUAACAUUUCUUGGUGGUGAUCGCGUAUACAGAGCCAAAAUUCCCUUUGAACAGCGGCUUUAGGGUAGCGCCACGUCUGGGAGGAGAUUGGAGCGACGCGCACAUAGCCUUGUGUGGCAGAGAGCGGGGACUGAAAUAUAAUUGUCCAAAAUUAUUUGCGUCUGCUGAUUGUAGAGGACGAAUUCAUUGGUUGGUGUGCAUAUAGUCAUGGAGUAAAAUAUUUCAGAGACAGAGCAAUUAAAUAUAAGUGCAUUGAAAUUUCAUGGUGCCAUAGGGGUGCUUAUAAAA